GUUCUUUAGGCCACGCGGGGGGAUGUUCGCGCAAGCGCAUUGCAUUGCGUGGUGACCCCGCCCCCUGAACCUCGGGUAACGGCGCGAGGGGCCUCAGUACGGAACGCGGCGGGACCACGACCAACCUAGUUGGGAUGGCCAACAGCUGGGGAAGCCUCUUGCAGGAUGAGCAGCAGCUGAAGGAGCUGGCACAGCAAGCCGUGGACCGGGCCCUGGCUGAGGGAGUGUUGCUGAGGACCUCACAGGAGCCCAGCUCCUCAGACGUGGUGAGCUAUGCCCCAUUCACGCUCUUCCCCUCGCUGGUCCCCAGUGCCCUGCUGGAGCAGGCCUAUGCUGUGCAGAUGGACUUCAAUCUGCUGGUGGAUGCCGUCAGCCAGGAUGCUGCCUUUCUGGAGCAAACUCUGUCCAGCACCAUCAAAAGAGACAGCUUUACUGCUCAUCUGUUUGACAUCCACAAGCAAGUCCUGAAAGAGGGCAUUGCUCAGACUGUGUUCCUGGGCCUGAAUCGCUCAGACUACAUGUUCCAGCGCAACGCAGAUGGCUCCUCAGCCCUGAAACAGAUUGAAAUCAACACCAUCUCUGCCAGCUUUGGGGGCCUGGCCUCCCGGACCCCGGCUGUGCACCGACAUGUUCUCAAUGCCCUGAGUAAGACCAAAGAAGCUGCCAACAUCCUCUCCAAUAAUCCCAGCAAGGGACUGGCCCUGGGGAUCGCCAAAGCCUGGGAGCUCUACGGCUCAGCCAAUGCUCUGGUGCUACUGAUUGCUCAAGAGAAGGAAAGGAACAUAUUUGACCAGCGUGCCAUAGAGAACGAGCUACUGGCCAGGAAGAUCCACGUAAUCCGGCGAAGGUUUGAAGAUGUCUCUGAAAAGGGGUCUCUGGACCACAACAGAAAGCUGUUUAUGGACGGCCAGGAAAUUGCUGUGGUUUACUUCCGGGAUGGCUACAUGCCGAGUCAGUACGGUCAGCAGAACUGGGAAGCCCGCCUGCUGCUGGAGAGGUCAUGCGCUGUCAAGUGCCCAGACAUUGCCACCCAGCUGGCUGGGACGAAGAAGGUGCAGCAGCAGCUGAGCAGAGCGGGCGUGCUGGAGGUGUUGCUCCCUGGCCAGCCUGAGGCCGUGGCCCGCCUCCGGGCCACCUUUGCGGGCCUCUACUCCCUGGACAUGGGUGAAGAAGGGGACCAGGCCAUCAAGGAGGCCCUUGCUGCUCCUAGCCGGUUCGUGCUAAAGCCUCAGAGAGAGGGUGGAGGUAACAACCUAUACGGGGACGACAUGGUGCAGGCCCUGGAACGGCUGAAGGACAGUGAGGAGAGGGCCUCCUACACCCUCAUGGAGAAGAUCGAGCCGGAGCCUUUUGGGAAUUGCCUGCUGCGGCCCGGAAGCCCUGUCCGAGUGGUCCAGUGCGUCUCAGAGCUGGGCAUCUUCGGGGUCUAUGUCCGGCAGGGAAAGACACUUGUGAUGAAUAAGCACGUGGGACAUCUGCUUCGAACCAAAGCCAUCGAGCACGCAGAUGGUGGCGUGGCAGCAGGAGUGGCAGUCCUGGACAACCCAUACCCUGUGUGAGGGCACAUCCAGGCCCCCCAGACUUCGCUCAAGAGACCUUCUAUCCCGCGUACUUGUUAUUCCUCCUGAGUCCUCCUGAGAGGGGCUUCUCUCCCCAACCUUGGGAGGGCUGCUCUCCUAGACAACUCCAGGGUCUUCACAGGUUGAAUCCUGGGUAGCUCCCA